AUGAAGCAAAAACCAAAUCUUCAAAUAAGUGACACCACAACCACAAAAAUCUUAAGACAUUCCAAGCCCUGUGGACCUCAGCUUUUGCUAGGUGUCAAGUGUCAACCCAAUCAAAAGCUCUUUUAACUUUAGCAGGAAGUAUUGACACCAUAAGUUCAGAGAACAGCUCAAACAGCAUAUUCAAAGAAGCCUCAAUCUGCAAGCCACAUAUCUGAAAUUUUCCCAUAUUAAAUCUCCUCAAGAUAGCAUAGAAAAACUUCCACAAACCUCAUUUCUAUCUCCUAUUUUCUUGGUUGGGAGGAAAUGGGAACAUUUGUAUACAGCAGCAGCUGCCUUUCUUGGAAAAACAAUCUGGGCAGACAGCUGAAUUCCUCUAACCAGGCGAUUUCUCGUGGUGUUCCAGAAAAAGGGUGUUCAAGAAUUAAGGUUGCUGCUUGUUCUAAAGAAGAUGCUCCUGUGAAUCAAGAUUCUGAAAAUUCUGCAGGCUCAUUGAAUAGGAGGUUAGCUAUUGUAUCUGGUGCUUCUUUGAUUUCAUCUGUACUACUUUUUCCUGGAGAGGGAUCUGCUGUAGUGAAACAAGGCCUCCUAGCAGGGAGAGUUCCUGGACUUUCUGAACCAGAUGAAGAAGGUUGGAGGACAUACCGAAGACCGGAUGAGAAGUCAGGUGGACAUGGUGUUGGAUGGAGUCCUAUGAUUCCUUAUUCUUUUUCCGUGCCUGAUAAUUGGGAAGAGGUCCCCGUGUCAAUUGCUGAUCUAGGUGGUACAGAGAUUGACUUGAGAUUCGCGAAUCCCAAACAAGGGCGAAUCUCUGUAAUUGUGGCUCCUGUUAAAAGAUUUUCAGAUGAUAUUGGUGAAGAAGCUACCAUAGAACAAAUUGGGCCUCCAGCUAAAGUGAUUAGUGCAUUUGGGCCUGAAGUCAUUGGAGAGAAUGUAGAAGGUAAAGUCUUAAGAUCUGAAGUAGCAGAGCAUUUGGGCAGAAGAUAUUACCAGUUCGAAUUAGAGCCACCACAUGUCAUGAUCACAGCAACAGCCGCUGGAAAUCGCCUAUACUUGUUCAGUGUCACAGGAAAUGGUCUUCAAUGGAAAAGGCAUUACAAAGAUUUGAGAAAGAUUGCUGAGUCUUUCAGAGUUGUCUGAUUGGCACAUCAACCCCAUGUUUGAUAUCACCUAAGUGGAAGUGGAAUACACAAGGAAGAAGAGUCGGUCACUACAACCAUUAAUAUUUACAAGAAGCCACAUCACCUCUAGUAGAAUAUACAGUUACAUAUAUGAAAAGAGAAUUUCCUCUAGAUUGAGUUUUGUAACAAAUUUUAGCCACCAGUUAUUAUUGUAAACUGUUUUCCUUACCAAUGUUGUAAGUCUUCAGAAGGCAUUCUUCUGGAUUGAUUGCUAAAUCAGGCAUUGAUAGCUUUGUUUGAUUGUUCCCCCAA